AUCUCUACAAUGGGUUGGAAUGAUCGAGUUAAAAACCUAUGGUUCCUAAAGCUUUGAAAUUUUAAUUAGUCAAAAAUCUCAAGCAAGGAUAAUCCUACACUCUUAGCUGUACAAGAGGACCUUGUUGAGGUUUCAAGAAUUAAUUAGAAGGUCUUUUUCAUUCAACAAAUUUGAGAGAAAGGUCCAGUAGUAUCCUUUGUUCUGGCCAUUUUCGAUUUAUUAACUUCUUCCAUUGCCCAAAGAUCUAAAUAUAUUAAGUUGCACAGGGAACAAAUAGGGUUGAAUAUAUUCGAAUGAGUGUGACAUCAAUCAAGUGCAUAAUCUAUAUGCAUCACAUGGUACUAUCUUUGAUUAGGAAGAAUCAACUGAUUAUGAGUAUGAGACAUGCACAAACAGAGAAUAUUGCAGUUAAACAAUUCCAUCUAAUACUAAUUUGGAGGAACCGGGGUGAAUACUUGGGUUGUUUAAAUUUUCUCUACCUUUUAAGCAAUUUGUUAUACAGUUUAUUCAUAACAAAGAGAUAGAAUUAUAGUGCACACAUACCAACAUGCAUCUUACCUUAGGUGCUUUCUAUGAAGUUGGAUGAACAUGCAUUAAAUGAUGUGAUGAAUAUGAAGCAUCUAGGCUAUAUCUUUGGAUUAUCAUUUUCUCUUCGUAAAUCAUCUAUGUUUCUUUUGUUCUAAUAUUCUAAUGCCAUUUGUAGUUACAAAAGUUUAGCACACAACACAAUUUUACUAGAAGCAUUAUAAUAGUUUCAUUUUGUUUGUUUCUUGAACAAUUUCAGGUUGCCUACUAUCCAGCAGGAGGUGCAACAACGCAAAUUACUCUACAUGGGUUUGUACCUUCUUAUAUGGGGUGAGGCUGCGAACUUGCGAUUUAUGCCGGAGUGUCUUUGCUACAUCUAUCAUCAUAUGGCAUUUGAGCUUUAUGGUAUGCUAGCUGGGAAUGUAAGUUCCUUGACUGGUGAAUAUAUUAAGCCAGCCUAUGGAGGUGAUGAGGAAGCCUUUCUAAAGAAAGUUGUUACACCAAUUUACGAGACAAUAAAAGAGGAAGCUGAAAGAAGUAAAAGAGAAAAAGCAAAGCAUUCUUAUGAUGAUUUAAAUGAAUAUUUUUGGUAUGGAAAAUUUUAUCUGCAAUAUGAACUUUUGAGUUACUCCUAUCCAUAGAUUCCUCUCAUUUUCUCUUUUGGUCAAUAUCUAUGAUUUUAGCUUCAUCUGUUUCUUAUACUCUAUUAUUUAAGGUUGAUUUUAUAGGACAACUUGCUUUUUCUUUGCUCAUUGCAAUUUUUUUAUGAGUUGCCAUUUAUUAUGCUUGAGAGGAUUUACCUAUCAUCCCUUCUUUCUCUCUCUCUCUCUCUAUUGUGGCAACUUCAAUAGUUGCUGUCUAUCGAGUCUAGUAGAGCAUCCAAACUCGUUGACCUAUACUGCUAUUUGAUCCAAUUUAUGUGCAUAGUAAACACUUACGUACUUACCUGGGAAUGCAAGUUUAUAUCCGAUGUUUGUUGCUUGCAAUUUCGAUAGGAAAAAUACUGUUAGAAGCUUGGAAGACGUAGCUAGUUUCCUGAAGACAUAUUUUAGGAAACUAGUGAACUGGUUUCCUAAAAUGAACUCACAAUCUACAACCACCUAAGGAUUUUCAUUUCUAGAAAUGAACUCGCAUUCUACAGCACACACCAUUUUACACUAUAUUACGGACAGUAUACAGAGGGAUUUUAGUAGUAGAUCAAAUUGUCCAACCAUACAAAUACCAAACUAUGCCGAAGGAAAACCCAUAGAUUAAUUAAACUAGAAAAGGAAAAUCCACGUGGUCUCCUAAUCAUUCAUGGAUUGUUGAAUCAUUUCAAAAAAAAUAAAAAUACAACCAAAUUUAG